AUGGAUGUUGCCGACGUCAGACUUGCCUCAUUUGGUGAGCCUGUCAUAUUUGUUCCCCUUUACCGAUUUAUGUCAGACGUGCAUGCAUUUGCUUUCCGUAAUCAUUACUGCUUCUUUUUUUAGGAGAAAGGUACGAAGGCUGGUUCGACCCCUGGCGCCUCAUCCGCCACCUGCGCAAUAAGGCCCACACAUUUGGCGCCAACUACGUGGUAGGCAAUGUGAGGGCGUUCACGCAUCAUAAAGGCAUUGCAACCACCUACUUCUACGAUCGGCCAAAACGACCGACCAUGUCGACGCCCUAUCUGAACGAGGCUGUGGUCAGUGACCCCUCCCGCAUUUUUCCAACCCCAGUUCGUUCUACUCACGCCUCUCCUUUCUGGUUUUAUUAGUUCGUGGUCGUCUAGGUAUGUAUAUGUAUAUAUGCACAGUGUUCUGCCACCAGGGACAACGUGUCCAUCCUCCAUAGGGCCCUCAUGUGUUUUCCAACACGGGCCUUGAGUCGUUUGCUGGUCUCUCCAAUGUAGUUCAUUUCGCCGGAGCAGCAUUGGAUCCGAUAAAUAACGUUUGCUGUGUUACCGAGUGGUCUUAGGUCUCAUGACCAGAUGCCGAAUUGUUGACUGCGGCUGAUGGGAAAUGCCAAUCCCCAGUGGUCUUGGGAGAUGUGCGACCGCCUCAGAGACGCCGUCAAUGUAAGAAAGCGCUCGCCAGACUUUUGGCCGUUCUGUCACUGGGCCUCGGCUUGGCACAGGCUGCCUGUUGCAUUCUAUAAAAUUUCGAGGAUACCCGUUCGCCAUGAAGAGGCGCUGAAGGUAGCGAAGUUCCGACUUUUUGUCGUCUGGCUCGCUGCAGCAGUUUCUUCCCUUUUGUAUAAGGUGCGUACAUAGCUGCGUUUGUGGGAUGACGGGUGCUUGCUGUGGUAGCUCAGGAUUUAGCGCGUAUUGGCGGCCUUCCUAUACGCCGUUGUUUCCAGGUGUCCAUUUGGUUUCCGGUAAACCACUACGUCUAGGAACAAUAGUUGGUUGUUGCUUUCGGCCUCCAUUGCAAACUGGAUACCAGGCGAAACCGAAUUCAGGACGUUGUGAAAUGUCUGAACGAUUUCCCGCUUGAUGCUGACCAAGGUAUCAUCAACAUAUUGAGUUCAAACUUUUGGCCUUCAGGUCUCGAAAACUUCGGCCUCUACCUUAUGGAGAACUGCGCCUAGUGCACUGUUCCUCUAUUGACUCCUGCAGUUAACCUAUGCAUGACAGAUAGGAGAGUAAGACUGACACUGAGGCAUCCACCCGCACGGCGCACUCGUGCACUCUUCACGACACGCGUAAGUCUAUCACGACGCGCUAGGAGUAGUGGCCUGGGAGGUCGCCUGCUGACGGGAUAACUCGGUCGCUACAGGGGAGACCGAAGGACUGAGAGAGUCAGGUUGCAAUGGCGCUAUCCCAAUGUAGUCUUUGUGACACGCGCCGAUGUGGGAUCCGAGGUGUCCUUACAGAAGCCGGGCACGUGUUGUGCGGACCAGGCAGUGUGUGGCACGCGUAGACGGGCCGUUUGGCCUUGUCAGUCAUUUCAUCCAAGUCCACCUCUCCGACAUCGUCUUGCAGUCCGAGUCUCUCUCUCGUGGGUCAGGGGGUGGUGAGACUGCGCAAGUCUGCCUCACCAUAAACUGAUUCACGUGCGGGCCACCGGUGCCGUGUCCACUCCAGGGGCCACGUGGUGGGCGUCGUCGCUUGCGACGGUCGAACUGUCGAGGGUACAAUUAAAACUAUUCCGGUAGUCGACUACCCUCCUCGUCCAUGACGAACUUCUCCACGAACUAAGCCAAAGCAUAUGUGACUGCCACAAGGAUAUCCCUAGUUGGAAUAACAGUUUUAAUAUCAGUUGGUAUUCCUAGUAAACCUGCGCGAGGUCCUCCACUCCCCUUGGGAGUCGUCCCUAGUAAGGAAGGCAAUGUACGUAUGCCGGCCCUGUUUUAUUCGAAAAAUCCGAUUGACACGUCGACCCCCCCCCCUUCCCCUCUCUGCCUGUUAAUUUAACGCGUCCCACAUCACCGACCCACUUUCCUUACAGCAUGCCUCUUACAACUCUCCAUUAUGCCCACUUUCUUACUCCUCAUAGAUUGCCCUGCCGGACGGUUCGGAGACAAGGAUGGCUUUCCACACCUGCGUCAACGCUGCGGGUCCAUGGGCAGCUGAUAUCAUGUCACUGGCCUUGCGCGAUUUUGAUGAGCCCAUGCUUCGCCUACCAGUGGAGAAGAGGUUGGUGCCUGUGCUGUUGCGAUUACUUGUUUCACCGGUUUACGUAGAAGCCCUGGACAUUUGGUUUGCCAGCUGUUUGGGGUUGUCACUGCACUCAUGCUGAACCCGGUGCCGGGCUAUCGAAACUGCACUGGACGUGGCCGGCCUGCAUUUACGUGCUUCAAGUCUCAUUGUAUGGGACAGCUGUCUUAGGAAGCACAUAGGACGGCCACUGCACUUAAACGGUGGUCCGGUCGUUUUCCCCGUUUGCACACGCGGAUGGGAAGACAACGUGAACUCGGAGCUCGUCGGUCGCGCUGUACGAGGACCACCAUUGUCUGGAAAGACAGCAGCGUCGCUCUCUUCACCGUCGCCAGUGGCAUAACCAACUCAGAACGACUGAAGGUGUCUUUGGGACACCGUGACCGGCCAUCGUCUACGUUAACGCAGCAUUUUCACCGCCACCCCUCCCCCCCCCCCCACCCGGUUGGUGGUUGUCCUCUUACUGUACGAUCCAGCGUCCUAGGGGGGAGGGGGAUCAUUCAUCUUGAGAAAUUGGCGGUUGUCCCGAAAUGUCAGCUAUCCAUUUUUGACCUGCAGUCCUACAAAGUCCUAUUGGCGUAUCCCACCUUCUGAUGACCCCUUCUUUGCAUUCUUCCUAGGAAACAGAAUAUUUUUGUCGUGAGUCCGGACUACACCGCAGCUCCGAGCACACAUUUUCCGGGGAUUGACGCUCCCAUCCUGAUUGACCACUCGGGCCUCUUUAUGCAGCGUCAAGGCCUCUCAGGAGACUUUGCCGUUUGCAUGAACCCCUGCCGGACGCAAAACCGGCACCCGGUGAGUCCCAAGCCCUUCUGUCCGUAGCCUAGUACGCGCGUGCGCCACUUCUUCGCAACAACUAUUGUUGUUGUUGUUCUUCCUUUGUAGGAUAAGGAGGACUUCGAAGUUGACUACAGUGAGUUCACAGACCAAAUCCAGCCACGCCUGGCACGUCGCAUCCCUGCCAUGGCAACCGCCAAAAUUAGGUCCGCUUGGGCAUACCUCAACGACUACAAUCCGGUGGAUCAGAGUCUUAUAAUCGGGCCGCAUCCCUUUAUCAACAAUAUGCUGCUAGCAAACGGAUCCAGUGGUCUCAGCACGCAACACUCAAUCGCGAUCGGUCGUGCUAUCGCGGAGUACGUCCACUACCGUCAUUUCAAGUCAAUCGAUCUGACACGUUUUUCCUUUGACCGUUUCUUCCUCAAUUUGCCCAUCUCCGAACGAAACACAUUUUAA